AUGUAGUAUUCUCGCACGUUUGAUUUGCAUUUUCUACUACUUAGUUCAAUGCUAUGAUGCUUUUGGGUCAUGUGCGAAACAGAGAGGAUGAAACACCAGUUACAGGCCGACCAUCGACGUUUCAUUUUCAAAUCGAGGGUAUGAAAUGCCUGCGCCGUCGAUGCCGAAUAUACUAGUAUUCAAGGAAAGUUUCGCAUGGAAAGUCGACUGGUGUUUGGCCAAGAUUCAUCCCGUAUUCGACGCAACGCAACCAUAGAUCUUUCCGUGGAGUUCCGUUCGCGUUUCUUCAUUUGAAGUUGGCCGGUCUCUUUUCCAAAAAGGCCGCCAUGCCCUCCUUUUGGUCGUCCGUCGCAAAGAGGGCGUGGAACAACCGUCGCUCGAACCGCAGGCCCUCCUGAAGGGACAGCUCAUCGGCCGCAUUAACGGCUUCCUUCGCGGCCCGGAGGCUCGCGGAUCCCUUGCUCGCAAUGUUGGUGGCCAUUUUGAUCGACUCGUCCAGCAAGGACUCUUCAUCGUAGACCUUGGCCACCAAACCGCUGGCGUAGGCCUCCUCGGAGCCGAUCAUGUCCCCCGUCAGACACAUGUGCAUGGCCUUGGAUUUUCCAAUCGCCCUCGUCAGUCUCUGUGUUCCACCCGCUCCAGGGAUGAUCCCGAGAUUGAUUUCGGGUUGUCCGAACUGAAAACGAGAAAGCCAUAGAAUCGAACAUCGUUUCCAAAAGAUUAGGGAUUAGAAUAAAACUUAGGACCCAAGGGGUGUUUUACGAACUGAAACAGAUCGUAUAAUCGAGCUCUUUCUCAACACAAUGAAUCUUGCUCGAGAUUCGAUUCAGUGCAAUGCAAUACAUACCUUGGCACCUUUUGCACACAAGAUGAUGUCGCACAUCAUCGCCAGUUCGUUUCCACCUCCCAGGCAAUACCCCGAAACGGCCGCGAUGAUCGGCGUCCCCCCAAGCCUCGAGACAUCCUGCCACUCGGAAAACAUGUCGGUCUGGUAGACGUCCUCGAAGCCCCGGUCCUUCAUCUCGGAAAUAUCGGCACCGGCGGCGAAGCACCGUGGGGUGGAUCCCGUCAGGACCAUGCACUUGAUGUCCGGGUCUUUGUCGAGGACCGUUGUGGCGUGGAUUAUGUCCCGGAAGAGAUCGUCGUUCAGGGCGUUCAUGGCCUUGGGCCGGUGCAGCUUGAUGACCGCUACCUUUCCAUUUCCCUCCUGUGGUUUUUCCACGAUGAUGUUGUCGUAGGAUUCCUYAAGGGACGACGACGACGACGAAAGGCUGCGGUUGAAUUCGUUUCCAAGCACUGAAGUUGGCAACCUGUUUUUGCAGCUUGCGACGACGUUGCGAGAAAUAAAGCGAGCACCUUGGC